AUGGACCCCUUCCACCGCCAGUCACAGCCCCCAGAAUAUCUGGCACAGAACACAGGAACCUUUCUACUGGCUCCAGACCCCUCCCGCUGCUGCCCAUGGACCCAAGGGAACCCAGCAUGGACCACAGGAUCAGUCCCACUGGCUCCAGACCCAUCCCGCCACCUGCUGUGGCAUUCAGGAGACCCGGCCCAGAACCUAGGCCUCUUCCGGCUGGCUCUGGACACAUCCCGAGAGGGAUAUCUACAGCACACAGGAGGCCCGGCCCAAACGACAGGCCCCUUCCCUCCAGCUACGAACAACUCUUGCCUCCUGCCGCGGCCCCAAGUGGACCCUGCCGGGGCCCUAGGACCUUCCCCACUGGCUCCGAACUUCUCCUGCUGCCCACCGCUGUCCCCAGUGUACCUGGCCUGGGUGCAAGGGGACCAGGCCCUGACCCCAGGCUCCAGACCCCCCGGGCCGCUGCCUGUGGACCCAAGGACAACUAGCGGCAGCCCUGACCCUAGGCCCCUUCCCACCAUCUCCCAACCCUCCUGCCACAGCCCAGGACCCCGAGGGGACCCAGCCCAGACCCCAGACCCAGUCCCACCAGCUCCAGACCCCCACCGCCACCCACCACGGCAGCAAGAGGACCCUACCCGGACACCAGGCCCCUUCCCGUGGGCUCAGUACCCAUCUCGCUGCCUGCUACUCCUCCAAACCCCUCCCGUCGGCUCCGGACCCUUCCCAAUGCCUUUCUCAGCAACCAGGGAAACAAGGCCUGAUCUCAGACCCCUCCAGCUGGCUCCAGACCCAUCCCGGGGCCUGCUUUGGCAGCCAGGGGACAAGACCCAGACCCCAGGCCCCUUCCCACCAGCUCUGGACCCCUCCCACCCACUCAUGACCACUCCCACCCCCAACCAGGGCAUCCAGGGGCCUAGGCUGGGACGCCAGCCACAGUCCCCAGGACACCCGGUCCGGUCUCCUGGCCCCUUUCUGCUGGCUCUGAACCCCACCCGCCACCUGCCGAGGCCUGGAGGGAAUCCGGCCGGGACCCCAGGUCCCUUCGUGCCUGAUGCCAACACAUGCUCAUCCAUGGACCUGGCCCGGACCCCAGGUUCCUUCCUGCAGUUACCAGACCCCUUCCCGGGAGGCCGCAAGGAGACCCAUCCGGGACCCCAGGCCCCUUCUGCUGGCUUCAGACCCAUCCAGCCGCCUGCCAUGGCACCCAGAGGACAUGGCCCAGACCACAGUCCCCUUCCGGCUGGCUUCAGACCCAUCCUGCUUCUUGCUGCGACAACCAGGGUACCCCACCAGGAUCCCAGACCCCCUCCCACAUCCUCCGAACCCAUCCCGCAGGCUCCAGACCCCUCAUGCUGCCCUCCGUGGCAAUCUGGGGACCCGGUUCUGAACUCAGGCCCCUUCUUGCUGCCUCCAAACCACUUCUGCCACUGCCGAGAACCGCGAGGGAACCCUGCUCAGAUGCCCAGGUCCCUUUUUGCUGGCUCUGGACUCCUCACCCUACCUCUUGACCCCUCCUACCACCCACCACAGCACCCACGGGACCCAGCCCGUACCCCAGGCUCCUUCCCCCUGGCUCCGGACACCUCCCGCCACCGGUCGCUGCAUCCAGGGGACCCAGACCGGACCACAGCCCCAUUCCCGCCGGCUCUGGACCCCUCCCACCUUCUUCGGACCCCUCCCAAUGCCCCCCACAGCCCUCAGGGUACCAGCCGGGACCCUAGGCCACUUCCCCCUGGCUCCAGUCCCUCCCACCAGCCACCAGCUGCCUCGGCCCCAAGACUACCCAGCCCGGACCCAGGCUCCUUCUGUCAGCUCCAGACCUCUCCAGUCACUCACUACAACACCAAGGAGACUGGGGUUGGACAACAGGACUUUUCCCUCUGGCUCCAGACAACUACCAGUGCUAUCCCCGUCCCCAAGAGAACCCAACCCGGACCCCAGGCCUCUUCCCCCUCUCUCCAGAUACCUGGUGCCACCCUUCAGCCCCCAAGGGACCAGGUCCAGACCAAGGCCCCUUCCCUUGUCUCUGGUACUUCCUACCACCUGCUGUGGCUCCCAGGGUACCCGGCCUGGAUCUCAGGUCCCUUCCCAGAGUCUCCAGACCCCUCCCGCGGCCACCCAUGUACACUGGGGGACCUGGCCCAGACCCCAAGCUCAGUCCUGCCAGCUCCGGACCCAUCCCACCACCCACCAAAGCACCCAAGAGAACUGGCCGGGUUCCAGACUCCCCACCCCCGCCCACCACCACCACCUGCAGGGGCCCAGAAGCUACUGGGUCUGCCCCCAGGCCCCAUCUGCUUGCUCCAGACCACUCCAGCCACCCACCGAGGCACCAAGGGGGACCCAGACCAGAAGACAGGCCCCUUCCAGCCGGCUCUGCACCCCUCCCCCCCCCCGCUGGAGCCCCCAGGGGACCAGGCCCAGACCCAAGGCCCCCCUUCCCCCUUGCUCUGGUCCCUCCUGCCACCCGGCAAGGCCCCCAGGGGUCCGAACCCCUCCCACCAUCCAUUCAAGGGGCCCGGCCAGAAACCCAGGCCCCUAUUAUCCGACUCCGAACCCCUACCGCCACGGCCCCCAGAAGAGCAGAACCUGACUCCAGGCUCAUUUCUGCUGGCUCCAGAUCUCUUCCGCCUACGACUAUGGCCCCUAGGUUACCUGGCUGGGACCCAGGCCUCUUCUGCUGCUCCAGACCCAUCCAGUCACCCACCACUGCACCCUAGGGAGCCAGGGGACCCCAGGAGCCUUCCUGUCCACUCCAGACCCCUCUCAUCGCAGCCCGGGGCCCAUAGGAACCCGGCCAAGAUCCUAGACCCCUUCUGCCGCCUCUGGACACCUCCCAACACCCGCCGCGACACUCAGGGGACCAGGCUUGGACGCCAGGCCCCUUCUCUGCUGCUCUGGGUCCCUUCCGCCUGCUGCAGAACCCUCCCGCCACUAACAGUGGACCCUAGGGAACCAGGCCCAAACUCUCCGCGCAUUUCCACUGGCUCCGCUUCCUUGCCACCCACCGUGGUCACCAGGGGAUCCAGCCCUGACCCCAGGUCCCUUCCCCCUGGCUCCAGACCCCUCUUGCCGCUACCUGUGGACCCGAGGGGAACCAGACCCCUCAAGCCGCUGCCCAUGGACCCAAGGGUACCUGGCCCGGAACCCAGGCUCAGUCUCACAGGCAUUGGGCUCCUCCCGCUACCCACCGCGCCACCCAAGGGGCCCAGCCUCUCCUCGCUGGCUCUGGACCCCUACCGCUGCAGCCCGGGGCCACGAAGGGACACAUCUCAGAUCCCAGGCCUCUUCCGCUGGCUCCUGACCCCUCCAGUCAUGUGUCGAGGCACCCAGGGGACAUGGACCAGACCACAGUCCCCUUCCUUCCUUCUCCGGACAACUUCCGCCACCACUCUCGGCACAAGGGGACCUGGCCUGGACUCCAGGACCCUUGCGAUGGCUCUGGACCCCUCCAGCCAUGUGCUGCAGCACCGAGAGGACAAGGCCCAGACCAAGGUCCGCUUCCCUGCGGCUCCGGACAACUCCAGCCGCUGCCCAAGAGGGCCACGCCUGGACCCAAGGCCCCUUCCCACCUGCUCCAGUCUCUCCUGCAACUCAUUUUGGCAACAAGGGGACCCGGCCCAGAUCCCAGGCCCCUUCCUGCUGCCCGCCGCAGCCGCCAGAGUCCCCGACUACCUCUCCAGCUACCCACUGCGGCACCAAGGGGACCCGACCCGGACCUCAGGGCCCUUGCUGCUAGCUCCAGACCCCUUCUGCCACCGAAAUGACACAGACCCCAGGCUCACCCUCCCGCUUCCUGCCACAGUCCUCAAGGGACCAGGCCUGGAACGCAGGCCCUUUUUCUCUGCCUAUGAUUCUUCCAGCCAUCCAACGCAGCCCCCAGAAUGCCUGGCCUGUUCUCCUAGCCCCUUUGGGCCGGCUUCGACCACAGUGACACUCAAGGACCUGGCCCCAACCCUAGACCCCUUUCUGCCAGCUCCGGACCCCUCCCACCACUUCUGUGCCACCCACCCCAGUCCCAAAGGGACCACCCCUGGACCUCAGGCCCCUUCUCACUGGCUCUGGGCCCUCCUGUCCCCACGGUGGCACCCAGGAUACCUGGCCCAGUGCCCAGAUGCCUUCCAGCUGGAUCCAGACUCCUCCUGCCAUCCACUGUAG